AUGCGCAGUAGCAGCGUUUCCAGUGUCUCUAGAAGGAGCUCCCACAGCUCCAGGACUGUAGAGAGGAGCAGCUCCUUCAACAGGAAACAAACUGUCUGGAACAGGGAGAACCAGGACGUCUACAGUUUCAAGAAGAACAGGAGGAACCAGAACCUCCAGAGAUUGAGGAACUUGAUACCAGCAAGAAGAGAGAGCAGCUUUUACCGAAUCAUCCGUAGAAAACGUAAAUUCUAUCAGAACGUAGGAACUGGGACUGAUAAGAAGAAAGUAAUCUGUGAAGCCUGUGGUCAAAGUUACACCCAACAGAGUCUGUUGAUCCACAUGAGAAUUCAUACAGGUGAGAAGCCAUACUCCUGUGAAACAUGUGGCAAAAGUUUCAGUCAGCGUAGUUAUUUGUUGAUCCACAUGAGAACUCACACAGGUGAGAAGCCAUAUUCUUGUGAAACAUGCGGGAAAAGUUUCAGUCAUCGUCAAACUUUUUUAAACCACAUGAGAAUUCACACAGGUGAGAAGCCAUAUUCUUGUGAAACAUGCGGGAAAAGUUUUAUUCGAUAUGAUGCUUUGUUGAUCCACAUGAGAAUUCACACAGGUGAAAAGCCACAAUCUUGUGAAACAUGCGGGAAAAGUUUCAUUCGAUAUGAUACUUUGUUGAGCCACAUGAGAACUCACACAGGUGAGAUGCCACAUUCUUGUGAAACAUGCGGGAAAAGUUUCAGUCGUCGUCAAACUUUUUUAAACCACAUGAGAACUCACACAGGUGAGAAGCCACAUUCUUGUGAAACAUGCGGGAAAAGUUUCAUUCGAUAUGAUACUUUGUUGAUCCACAUGAGAACUCACACAGGUGAGAAGCCACAUUCUUGUGAAACAUGCGGGAAAAGUUUCAGUCGACGUAGUACUUUGUUGAUCCACAUGAGAACUCACACAGGUGAGAAGCCACAUUCUUGUGAAACAUGCGGGAAAAGUUUCAUUCACUAUGAUACUUUGUUGAGCCACAUGAGAACUCACACAGGUGAGAAGCCACAUUCUUGUGAAACAUGCGGGAAAAGUUUCAGUCAUCGUCAAACUUUUUUAAACCACAUGAGAACUCACACAGGUGAGAAGCCACAUUCUUGUGAAACAUGCGGGAAAAGUUUCAGUCAACGUAGUACUUUGUUGAGACACAUGAGAACUCACACAGGUGAGAAGCCGUAUUCCUGUGGAACAUGUGGGAGAAGUUUCAGUCAGCGUAAGUCAUUGCUGAACCACAUGGAAGCUCACAGAGAGAUGAAGUGA